UCGACCUCCACUGCCGUUCGUUACCGCCAAGAACGGUUGAGCUCCCCACCAACAAACAUGAACGCGCUGUGGUCAUCAAGCGCCUCGGCCGACGGCGCUGCAGGUGGCGAGAAGCCGUCGGCUGACACUCCAGCCGAAGAGACAAAGGCGGGCCCGACCGAAGACACGAGCCCAGCUGAGCCCGCGACCUCAAACGGUCCCGAGAACGAGAAAGCGCCCAAGCGGCCAGGCCUUCGACGAAACCAUCCCUCCGUCCCUCCUCCCCCCGUCCCGACCGCACCCUCCUCCUCCUCCUCCUUUUACUCCUCCUUUCCCUCCUCCGACUCGAACACUAAGGACGAGAUCACCGACGACAGCAAGAACAACAACAGCGGCAGCCGCAGCAGCAGCAGCAGCCAGAAUGGAUCCUCCUCACCUCCAGCCCCAGCUCGAGAGCGACAAGCUCAGAGCUUACCUCAAAGCAAACAGCAGCAGCAGCAGCAGCAGCAGCAGCAGCUAGGCCAAGGCCAACCGCCGCAAGACUCCCUUUCCCUCGCCCAGCUCCGCCGCAUCGUCGCCGAGUUCCCCCGCGCCGAGCCCAUCGCGUACGACUACGUCUACGCCGACAUGGCCCCUCUCGAGGAGGAGGUCGACGAGUGGUUCAUGUACAACUUUUGGCAGUGGGUGCGUCUGAACGCCGCCAAUCGCGCCUUCUACUCGGCCUGGGCCCGCCUCUUCCCUCCUCCUCCUCCUCCCCCCCCUCCCGCUGCCACCUCAGCGGGGGCGGCGGCCGAUUCCGGGAAAGGGAGUGGUGGCACCCCCCCGGCGCCCAAAUGGGACCGGGCUGACGAGGAGGGGGAGGAGGAGGCCGCCGAGAGGAAGAGGGUCUUUGUGCGCGCCCUGCUGGAGGGGUUCAGGAGCAGCGACCGGAUCGCCAGGGCCGAGGCCAUCGGCGCCGUGGUCUACCUGGUGCUGGGGCGCUGGACCGAGACCGUCAAGGCCGCCGGCGUGCUGGGUGCCGCGGUGCUCGAGGGCAAGGCGAGGUCCGCGGCCACGCCGCAGCAGCUCGAGGCCAUGAAGGAAGGGGUGCGCCUCGUGGCCGAGUGCGGCGGGCUCGAGCUUGUCUGGGAAGCGCUGAGGGCCGUCUUUGAGCUGUUCUGGUCGGACGACCUCCCGCAGAACGUGCAGAUGGUGGCAGAGGAGUUGAUCCAUUUGAUGACCAUCCUGUACAUGGCGAUGCAGGAGGCGCUGGAUGACCCCGAGGGGAUGGCAGAGGUCCGGCAAAGGCUGCUCGCCCUGAACCCCAGCUUGACCAGCUUCCUGCUUCAGGUCGUAGUGAAGCUGCGGUGGGACGAGACGGGCAUCCUCCCGCAGACCCAGAUAUUUCUACUCUUUUGGAAGUCCAUCUUGCUGGUCUUCGGCGGCUCCAAGGACCUCGCCGAGGCUAAGAAGGCCACUAGCGAGAUGAUCGGCUGUGACGACAAGAACAUCAUCACCGCGUCUCCGCUCGACUACCACGCUUUCCGGCAGGAAAUCACCUCCAAGUACCCCGCCUAUAUUCCUCCCCAACCGCUCCUGCCCCUCGAACCAGACCAAAAUACUAUCAUCCCCCCUCUGCCCAACCACCCGACAAGAAACAACGCGGCUAACGGAAUCCACCCGGGCCCUCCCGGCCCGGGCGGGGGCGCUUCUAUCCUGCACCAGCCGGUCCAUAUCGCCACUCCCGCCCCCUCGCCGCCGCCCAGUCCCGGAGUCGGUGGGAAGGGCGGCAAGAAGCAGAACUACCAGACGAACCAGAACUUUCCCUUCAUGUACCCUCCCCUCGACGCUACUAGCAACAGUGCGGGCGGUAAAGGCGGCGCUGCCCUGCAGGAUCUGCUGGUGGGAAGGAAAUGGGAGGGCAGCGACGUGCCUGCUUCGAUUCUCGAGGCCGGCGAGCUCUUUUCUAAGCGGGUCCGCAUGAGCCGCGCUACUCGGCAGCUUUGGGAGGAGCGUGAGGAAUUCCUCAAGUUCGAGAGAGGCUACGACGCCGACGACGACAUCGUGGACGAGCUGGAUCUGUCGUCGCUGACGCUCGAGGAAAGGGAGGAGCUGGGGCUGGCCAAGGCCUCCGACGACAAGCCGCGGAAGCCAUCCAACUCGGGGCCCGACUACGGGCCGCGGGGAAUCAGCCAACAAAUCAAGGAGCGUCUGGACGCCGUGGAGGGGUUCUACAAAGAGGCCCUACCCCACCUCCAGUCGCUGGUCAUCGUGUUUCUGAGGCAGAUCACGGCCAUGACCAGCAAUCUGGUGUCGCCGCAAAACGCCAACGGGCCCCAAGGACCGCCCAGCGCACGUCCGAACGGCGGGCAGCAAAACGGGCACAACGGCCCCAACGGCGGCUCCAAGGGCGACCCAUCCUCGCCGCUGGAUGCCGACGUCGAUGAGUUGCGCAGCAGAGAAAUCGCUGCCAAGGCCGUCACCGGCACGUUGAUCCUGCUGCUGAAGUGGUUCAAGCUCUCCCACGUUCUCAAGUUCGAGUACAUGACCCAGCUGCUGCUCGAUCUGAACUAUCUGCCCAUGGCGCUCAAGAUCUUUGCCAUGUACGAUGUCCAGCAGGUCGUCGAGAGCAGGACGGACCGGCUAGAACACAGCUUCUUCUACUUCUGCGGCUCGCGCGCGGGCGUUAUUCCCCAACAACACUCUGUUCCCAACCCAACAGCAACCGAUUUCGAAGACAUCAGCGACGACGACGCCGCUCCGCCCCCUAUCAAACGCCGGCGCUCGCCUCCGAAUGCGCAUUCCGAAGCCGGCGCCUCCUCCUCCUCAACUGACCCCUCCUCCAACGCGUCGUCAGCAUCAUCAUCAUCAUCAUCAUCAUCAUCAUCAUCCACAACCAAUGAACCCCCACCUCGGCCGGAAGUCGACGAGCUCGGCUAUCCCAUCAACCCGCUCCCCGCCGAGCCCAUCACCGACUUCUCGCGCCGCAACUUCUUCUCGCUCAUCAACUACCUGCGCAUCAUGCAAAAGAUCUGCAAGCACCGCGCCCACCGCAACCUCCUCAUGGUGCAGUACAAGUCGUCCAACAUACUGCGCAAGUCGCUCAAGGUGCCGCAGCACGAGCUGCGCCUGUACACGCUCAAGCUGUUCAAGAACCAGGUCCCCUACACGGGCCGCAAGUGGCGCCAGUCCAACAUGCGCGUCAUCACGGCCGUCUACCUGCACUGCCGCCCGGAGCUGCGCGACGAGUGGCUCGUCGGCUCCGCCGUCGAGGACCAGGUCGACGAGGCCGUCCCGCUCGAGCAGGCCCUCCGCAGCCUCACCCACUGGUUCAACCUGCGCCGCUACCCGGACCGCAUGGCCGGCGCCGGCCCCGGCGGCGCCGCCAUGCUGAGGCAGGCCAUGAAAGAGGAGCACGACUUCUUCGUCAGGGAGCUCGAGAAGGCCGACUGGAGCUGGCUUUCCGACGGAGGAGCCCCGGCCGGUGCCAAUGGCGGCGCUGGCGGCGACGAGGCCGGUGGUCCCGAGGGCUCCAUGGGCUGGGAGGAGGGGAGCUGGGGCUGAAGCGGGUUGUUUUUUU